ACACUGAGAAGCAGAGUCAUGUAAAGAAUUGCUGGAUGAUAAAAGCAAAAUGCUAAAAGCCAGUCUAUCAGAGAAUGAGAAGUUGAAAACAAAAGCAACUGAUAGUAGUCACUUACUACAAGAGAAAGUAUCACAUUUAACAGAACGUGAAGAAGAAAAUGAGAAGUUGAAAGAAAUAAAAGAAUUAUUGGAAGAGCAGCUUGUUUUAUUUCAAUCUGAGAAAGAAGAAUUUAUACAAGAAAGAUCUUUACUGGAGACAAUAGAAAUUCAAAAGCGUGAUGAAGAAAUACGACUACUUAAAAUACAGUUAGCAUCCUAUCAGAAAGAGAAGGAAAGUGAAAAGGAAAGUUUUGUAGAAGAAAUUAAGAAAUUACAGUCAGCAACUGAUAAAAAUGAAAGAGAUAAAAUAGUACAAGGUUUGCUAUCACAAAAUGGAAAGUUAAAAGGAAAAUUGUCAGUGGCAGAUAAAAUGACAGAGCAACUGCAAAAAGAAUUGAAGCAAGAGCAAGCAUCACUAGCUGAAAGUAAGAAAGAAAUAGAAUUAUUACAAGAGAAAAUAACAGCAAUGAACUUAAAACAAAUUGAAAGAAAUAAACAAGUGCAAGAAAAAGAAGAAAUAUUGAUGCUGAAAAUUGAGAAUCUAAUGAGAAGCAAAGAUAAUCUUGUAUUUGAAGAUGAUAUUUAUGGUGACAUUGUCAUUGACAAUCCAUUGAUUUUGAAAAUUAUAAAAACGCGUCAAUUUCAAAGACUGAAAAAUAUCAAAAAAUUAGGCUACAUAUUCCAAAAUAUACAAAAGUCAACCUAUUCAAGACUUCAACAUAGCAUUGGAAUGUAUUGUCUUGCUGGAGAAUAUGUUAAGCAAUUUCAAAGGAAACAACCUGAGCUGAAUAUUACUGAGUCUGAUGUUUUGUGUGUACAAAUUGCUGCUCUUUGCUUUAACCUGGGUCAUGGGCCUUUCUCUCACAUUUUUGGUUUGUUCCUCAAGGAAGUAUUCCCAAAUGAAAAUAAACCUUGGGAGAAAGUUUCAGAAGCAUCUGUUAUGAUGUUUGAUUACAUGAUUGAAGAGAAUGAUGAAGUGAAGAAUUUAUUAAAGGAAUUUCUGGAUAAUUAUGAAGAAGAUAUUGCAUUUAUUAAAGAGCUUAUACACGGAACCUUAGCCUAUAAAGAAAAAAAGGGAAAGCGUAAAGGCAAAGAAUUUUUACAUGAGAUUGUAGUGAACAAGAGAAGUGGCUUCGAUGUCUGCAUGAUUGACUAUACAAUACAUGAUGCUGCUGUACUGGGAAUGAAUAUCAGUUUCCAGUGGAGGGUUUUUCUUAGUAAAGCUGUUGUUAUGAAGUGUGAAAAUGAUGAAAGACACAUAUUUUUCCCUCAAGAUGAUUUGGAGACAUACAACAAUUUAUUUAAAACUCAUUAUAAUCUUCACAGGGAAUUGUACUAUUUACGCAAGAACAGAAUUGUUGCAGUAAUAAUAAAAGGGAUAUUGGUCAAAUCAAACAAAAAGUCAAUAAUCAGAGAUGGUGAUAGACUAGUGACUAUGUCUGAAGCUACAAGAAGCAUGUCUGCUUUUACUCAACUUGAUGAUAGUGUUUUUACAUCACAUGAUGAUGAUCCUGAAGUACAAGCACUAUUGAAGUGUUUGGACUCCAAACAAUCUAUUGGACAGAUUGGUUUUGUAGUAUCAACUUCUGACUGGCACAAAGAACGGAUAAAAGAGCACAUUAUACAAAAGACUAAAAGUUGCAAUAUUGCUGAUCAACUUGUAAUUGAUCCUAUAAAGAAUGGAUACAAGAAUCAUGAAUCUCUCACCCAAUACUAUUACACUAGUGAUGGCAGUACAGGACAAUGGACUCAUGAAUGGGCGAAACCACCACCAACUGCUUACCCAACUCCAUUACGUAUAUUUCUUGUCAGUGGUGACAUAAAACUUAUACAUGAAGUACAAAAAGUACUACGAGAAUUACAAGCCAAUGAGAGACUUAAUGGGGACACUUAUUCUGAUAAAGAUAAUUACAAUUUAAUGCCAGUUAUGCCACCACUCAAAACGGCUGAAGCAAAAGCUUUAGAAGCACAAAAUAAUGACAAAUAAUGUCACGUUUGUUUAUAAACUUUAUUUACAUGUACAUGUAUACACUAAAACAGCUACUAUAGUUAAUUUAAUAAUACAUGUAUAAUACUGAACUGAUAGUAGUCCUUAUUGCUUUGAGUUACACAAUACAAAUACAACUUUAGAUUAUAAA